UCGCUGCCCGACAUGUGCAGGGCAGAGCCGCCGGAGCCUCUGCCGGGAGCAAGUGAACAAGCGCCUUUCUCCCGGGGACGCCUCCGCCCCCAGCCACCAGCACCCAUGGGGGCACUCGUGGCCAAACUGCUGCUGCCCACCCUCAGCAGCCUGGCCUUGCUGCCCACCGCCAGCGUGGCGGCCAAGAGACGCUUCCACAUGGAGGCCAUGGUCUAUGUCUUCACCAUGUUCUUUGUGGCGCUGUACCACGCCUGCAGCGGGCCGGGCCUGUCUGUGCUGUGCUUCAUGCGCCACGACCUGCUGGAGUACUUCAGUGUCUACGGGACGGCGCUCAGCAUGUGGGUGUCGCUUAUGGCGCUGGCCGACUUCGAGGAGCCGCAGAGGUCCACGCUGGUGAUGCUGGGCGUGCUGACCAUCGCCGUCCGCGUCUACCACGAUCGCUGGGGUUAUGGAGUGUACUCGGGCCCCAUCGGCUCGGCUGUCCUCAUCAUUGCUGCCAAGUGGCUGCGGCAGAUGAGGAAGAAGAAGGGUCUGUACCCUGACAAGAGCGUCUACACACAGCAGCUGGGCCCCGGCCUCUGCUUCGGGGCGCUGGCCCUCAUGUUGCGCUUCUUCUUUGAGGACUGGGACCACACGUAUGUCCACAGCUUCUACCACUGCGCCCUGGCCAUGGCCUUCGUCCUGCUGUUGCCCAAGGUCAACAGGAAGGCGGGGGACGCGGGGGUCCCGGCCAAGCUGGACUGCCCCACCCUUUGCUGCGCCUGCAUCUGAUGCCGCUGCCCCGCCCCCCAGCUGCCCACCUGCCUCCCAUUCCACCGGGAACUUGGCCCCACCCUUGACAGAAGAUCUUCCUAGUCCCCAGCCCGACCAGCAGCACAGGGCGUGGCCAGCAUCCACCUCCCCUGCCCACUGUGUCC